AUGGAACGACCAGGAGUAACUUUCCGGACGCCCCAAGUGCCUAAAGUUCGAAGAAGCAAGAGCAAUGAGAACAGUAAGCGGAAAUCAUUCGAUUCGACAAUGUCGACUUCGCUUUCAAGCUCAUUUGAGCGAUCCCGCGACUCCGAUGCUUCAUUCAAUUCAACCUCCACCAGUGCUUCGCGAGAAAGCCUCGACAUCGAAGGACUCACACGCGAGUUCAGUGACAUGAUGAACUCGAGCUUCGACAAGAACACCGUCUCAAAGCGAAAACAAAACGAGAUUCGCUUCAAUACCAUGGUCACAAGCAACGCGGAAAUGUCGGCCAGAAUGAAUCGAAUUCUGAACAAGCCAAAUCAAGACCCCAAAGCUGUCCUCAAUGUCUUCCAACAGCUUUUGGACGAUAACAUCUAA